UUAUAGAUGUAUCAAUACAGCAAAAAAGGAUUUUAAAAUUAUCCUACGCCUGAUGGCUUUAUUCUCCAAAGAAGAUUUCUUUAGAUAUCUGAUGCUUGACAAAAAAUGUUGAUUUAGAAAUCUAAACUAAAAUGUGACAAAAAUAUAUAACUAGAUGUUACAAAAAAAUAAAUAAACAAUCUCUAUAGGGAUCAGUCUAGCAAUGGGCACCUCCAAAGAGAAAACCUUUCGAGCAUAAUUCAUUAAAAUUUAUUUAUGUCUUGAAUUUUUUUUUUAAAAAUUAAAUGUCAAAGAUUAAGCAGUACAAUUGUGUUUACUUUUGCCGCUGUUGAGGCGUGAAUUAACAAGUCUUAAAAUAAAUCGAGUUGAAAGACCACUGUCGACUGUCAACUAAAUAUAGAUUCGGGACAUCCCGAUAUAGAACUUCCUCGUCAAGACAUUAAUUCAACGUACUACAAGAUGUUGGAUGAUCAAGAUAUCCGAAACCUGGCACCAAGCCCAUCCCACCACGGAGUUUGUCAAAAGAUCUCUGACGCUGACAACAAUGUGUUCGACGAUGUGGGAGCCUGCACGCCGCCUGUGUCUCCCAGGACGGGCCCCAUGCCAGGUAUUAUUCUCACAGUAGAAGGUGAAGCGGACUCUUCCCCAGAUCUUGCCAGUGUUGUUGGGAGACACGGAAGUCGAAGUAAAACGCGCCAAAGCCGCAGAGUGCAUCAACAUCCAGCCAGAAGUCCAUCUAGCAGCAGGAUGGCGAUGCAAAAUGGACAUAACAAGCUCAGAGAACCUAGCUAUUUAUCCAGCAGUGGGGUCAGCAGGUCACAGUCAAUGAGAACAGCUAGAAGACCUCAAUCUGUUGACCCUACGCACAGGUUCAGGCAAAGAAUCCAAAGCAUUCCCAAUGAAAUUAUUGCUUCGGCAGAUGGGUUCAGCGGUCAAAGGCUAGCUUCGAACCAGUCUUUACCAUUACCUGGUGAUGAGUCUGAUUUUAUGCGAUUGAGGAAUUUUGCAGUUACCAGUAAAGGACUUGUGAAUCGAGGAGACUCUUUCAGGUCAAAAUCCAGGUCAUCACAUAGUGUAGCAUCGAUGGGUGGUAGUGGACAGUUACCGGUUGAUACUAAGCAACAGCCAAAGGACGACUCAGUAAUAAAUUAUCCGAUUGCAUCUACUUCUCAGGCUGAUCCAGUUGUACCAGAGAUGGCGAAAGAAGAAGUUGUUGAAGGUGCAACUGCCAUGCCAGAAAUACAGAAGUCAAAUAGAUAUAAAGUGUUAGUUCUCGGUGCGCCAGAUGUUGGGAAAACAGCUCUUAUCAACCAAUUUAUGACGUCGGAAUACAUAUGUGCUUAUGAAAAUUCUCAGGAUGAAGAAAAUGAAAAAUCGGUUGGCGUGAUUCUAAAUGGCUCCGAAUCAGAAUUAGUAUUUUUUGAGUAUCAGUUUGUUGGAGAUAGUGUGAGUAUNAUUUUGAAAGGUAUAGCAUAA